AUGCUUAGAACAAACUUGAGAACUUUCACUAGACCACAAUUCAUCAGAGGUCUUGCAUCCGCACCAACUAUUCCAAAGAGCCAAAAGGCCAUCAUCUUCUAUGAGAAUGGUGGUGAAUUGCAAUACAAGGACAUUCCAGUCCCAGAGCCAAAGCCAAACGAGAUCUUGGUCAAUGUCAAGUACUCAGGUGUCUGUCACACCGAUUUGCACGCUUGGAAGGGUGAUUGGCCAUUGGCAACCAAGUUGCCAUUGGUUGGUGGUCACGAAGGUGCUGGUAUCGUUGUUGCUAAGGGUUCCGAAGUCAAGAACUUUGAGAUUGGUGACUACGCCGGUAUCAAGUGGUUGAACGGUUCUUGUAUGUCCUGUGAGUACUGUGAGAAGGGAUUCGAAUCAAACUGUCCUCAUGCUGAUUUGUCCGGUUACACUCACGAUGGUUCCUUCCAGCAAUAUGCCACUGCUGAUGCAGUUCAAGCUGCCAAGAUCCCACAGGGUACUGACUUGGCUGAUGUCUCACCAAUCUUGUGUGCUGGUGUUACCGUGUACAAGGCAUUGAAAUCAGCACAUUUGGAGCCAGGCCAAUGGGUUGCAAUUUCUGGUGCCGCUGGUGGUUUGGGUUCUCUUGCUGUUCAGUACGCUAAAGCCAUGGGUCUUAGAGUUCUUGGUAUCGACGGUGGUGCUGAGAAGGAGAAGCUCUUCAAGUCACUUGGUGGAGAAGUCUUCAUCGAUUUCACAAAGGAGAAGAACAUCGUUGAAGCUAUCCAGAACGCCACAAACGGUGGCCCACACGGUGUUAUCAACGUCUCUGUUGCACCAGCUGCCAUUUCCCAGUCCACUGAGUAUGUUAGACCAACAGGUAAAGUUGUUCUUGUCGGUUUGCCAGCAGAUGCCGUUUGUAAGUCUGAAGUUUUCUCCCACGUUGUCAAAUCCAUUUCCAUCAUUGGUUCUUACGUCGGUAACAGAGCUGACACACGUGAAGCCAUUGACUUCUUCUCAAGAGGCUUGGUCAAGUCUCCAAUCAAGGUUGUUGGGUUGUCUGAGUUACCUAAGGUUUACGAGUUGAUGGAACAAGGUAAGAUCUUGGGUCGUUACGUUGUCGAUACUUCCAAGUAA